AUGCAAGAAGAUGAUGAUCAGCCUGUCAGAUUACUAGACUCUUGUUGGUGUCAUUAUCUUAGCUCUCUAUUUACUUUUUCUUACAAGACCGAGCUGACAAAACUUCACGUUAUCCGGAAGACAGACACGGCACCCAAACAAUUUUUACAAGAGCUAGCAGAAGACGCGGAAGACGCUGAGGAUCCCCUUUUGGCCAAUCUGAAAGCCAAACAAAUCCAAUCUCGUCAAUCAGAUUAUCAUAAUCGCCGAUUCGAUCGAGAUGCGAGUGGAACGGUGGUCGCAGAUCCUUUCAGUUCGUCGGCUGAUGGUAAUGAUCAAUCUGAAGGCGGGUACAAAGAAGCGAUGCGACGAGCUGAGCUGGAGCGUGAAGAAGCAAGGGUCAUGAAGAAAAUCAAAGAGCAGCAAGAAGAAGGAUCUAAUAACAUGGAUGUGGAUCGCCCUGAGCGCUCGAAGACCCCUACUCCGGAAGAACUUGCUGCUGCGGCUUCCACUGCACGCAAAAAACGACGCUGGGACGUGGCUGAUCCGAACGCAGUGGCAUCUACGAGCGAUAGUACUUCUGAAUCUACGCUUUCAACCGGCGAAUGGUCAGCCUCCGAGACCGUGCCGCCACCCAAGAAGACGAGGUCUAGAUGGGAUCAGACGCCUGCCGCUACUCCUAUGGGUGCUUCCGCCGAUGGUGCUACCCCCAGGAGAUCACGAUGGGAUCAGACUCCAGUGGCAGUCAACGGUGCUGCCACUCCAAUGGGACAGUUCGGUCAAACUCCACUUGUCUCGAGUGGUGCGAAUGGACUUGCUCUACUGCCAGGAGGAGAACUAUCAGAGCUCGACAAGCGGAAUAGACCACUCUCCGAUGAUGAACUGAACGCGCAGCUCCCGUCUGAAGGAUACGAGAUAGUCACACCACCAGCAGGAUAUGCACCAAUACGUACACCUGCCCGAAAACUCAUGCAGACGCCUGUUGGUUCUUCUAAUGGCUUCACCAUGCAAGAUGAUUCUUCCGGAGGAGGUCUGAUGGGGCUCAUGCCCGAAUUACCUACAGAGAUUGAGGGCGUUGGACAGUUGCAGUUUUUCAAGCCCGAAGACGCACAAUACUUUGGCAAGAUCUUAUCAGGCGAACAGGACGAAAGUAACUUAACUUUGGAAGAAUUAAAGGAGCGUAAAAUCAUGCGUUUAUUACUCAAAAUCAAGAACGGCGCCCCUCCAAUGCGAAAGACUGCUUUGCGUCAAAUUACCGAUAAAGCUAGAGAGUUUGGCGCUGGGCCGUUAUUUGAUAAAAUCUUACCUCUAUUGAUGGAACGCACCUUAGAAGAUCAGGAACGACAUUUGUUGGUGAAAGUCAUUGACCGAGUCUUGUACAAGCUAGAUGAUCUUGUUCGUCCUUAUGUCCACAAGAUCCUGGUAGUCAUCGAACCUCUUCUUAUUGAUGAAGAUUAUUACGCACGUGUCGAAGGAAGAGAGAUCAUUUCAAAUCUAUCGAAGGCCGCCGGUUUGGCUCAUAUGAUUUCCACCAUGCGUCCCGAUAUUGAUCACGUGGAUGAAUAUGUCCGUAAUACUACUGCUCGGGCCUUCUCCGUGGUAGCUUCUGCGCUUGGUAUACCAUCUCUACUUCCCUUUCUGAAAGCAGUUUGUAAGUCGAAAAAGUCAUGGCAGGCUAGGCAUACAGGUAUCAAGAUUGUCCAGCAAAUCGCAAUCAUGAUGGGUUGUGCUGUUUUGCCCCAUUUGAAAAACUUGGUGGAGUCUAUAAGUCAUGGUCUAGAGGAUGAGCAGCAAAAGGUGCGAACAAUGACAGCUUUGGGAAUUGCUGCUUUGGCCGAGGCAGCGUCGCCCUACGGUAUUGAGAGUUUCGAUAGUGUAUUGAAACCUCUAUGGACUGGCAUAAGAAAGCAUCGAGGGAAGGGUUUAGCAGCGUUCUUAAAAGCAAUCGGAUUCAUCAUUCCACUCAUGGACGCUGAAUAUGCGAACUACUAUACAAAAGAAGUGAUGGUCAUUUUAAUUCGAGAAUUUCAGUCCCCCGAUGAGGAAAUGAAGAAGAUUGUUCUCAAAGUCGUCAAACAGUGUUCAGCAACGGAUGGUGUCCAACCUCAAUAUGUGAAAGUGGAAAUCCUUCCUCAAUUCUUUGCCAACUUCUGGGUUCGAAGAAUGGCAUUGGACCGAAGGAAUUACCGCCAGGUAGUAGAAACCACUGUCGAACUUGCCAACAAAGCUGGUGUCACCGAGAUAGUCAGCCGAAUCGUCAAUGAUCUCAAAGACGAGUCAGAACCUUAUCGAAAGAUGGUGAUGGAGACCAUUGAAAAGGUUAUUUCAGCCUUGGGAGCCAAUGAGAUUGAUGAACGAUUGGAAGUACAGUUGAUCGAUGGUAUCAUCUAUGCUUUUCAAGAACAAACUGUUGAGGACAUUGUCAUGUUGGAAGGGUUCGGCACUGUUGUACAUGCAUUAGGUAUUCGUGUUAAACCAUAUCUUACUCAAAUCGUAUCAACUAUCUUGUGGCGGUUGAACAACAAGUCAGCCAAAGUACGUCAACAAGCCGCUGACUUGACCAGUAAGCUCGCAGUGGUGAUCAAGCAGUGUGGGGAAGAUCAACUACUUUCCAAGUUAGGGGUUGUCCUCUUUGAACAGCUUGGUGAAGAAUAUCCUGAUACCCUUGGAAGUAUCAUUGCUGCCGAAGCUUCAAUUGCCAAUGUUGUCGGAAUGACUCAGAUGAGCCCACCGGUAAAAGAUCUACUACCACGGAUGACACCCAUUCUUCGUAAUCGACACGAAAAAGUCCAGGAAGCUUCGAUCAAUUUAAUCGGUCGAAUUGCUGAUCGAGGUGCUGAAUUUGUUUCUGCAAGAGAGUGGAUGAGAAUUUGCUUUGAGCUAUUAGACUUAUUGAAAGCUCACAAAAAAGCUAUCAGACGAGCAGCUGUGAAUUCCUUCGGAUAUAUUGCCAAGGCAAUUGGGCCACAGGAUGUGUUGAGUGUACUGUUGACUAAUUUGAGGGUGCAGGAAAGACAAAGCCGAGUGUGUUCGACUGUUGCGAUUGCAAUUGUCGCUGAAACUUGUGGACCAUUCACAUGUAUACCCGCGAUCCUCAACGAGUACAGGACGCCAGAAUUGAAUGUUCGCAAUGGUUGCCUGAAGUCGCUGUCAUUCCUUUUCGAAUAUAUUGGCGAGAUGGGCAAAGACUACAUCAACUCGGUGACAUCAUGCUUGGAGGAUGCACUCACCGAUCGCGAUUUAGUUCAUAGACAGACUGCAUGCUCAAUUGUGAAGCAUCUUGCAUUGGGUACGGCUGGAUUGGGGCAGGAAGACGCAAAUCUCCAUCUUAUGAACUUGGUUUGGCCGAAUUGUUUCGAGACUUCGCCACAUGUGAUUGGCGCUUGCAUGGAUGCCAUUGAGGCUAUGAGAGUGGCCGUCGGACCAGGCGUGGUACUGUUGUACACCUUACAAGGCCUUUUUCAUCCAGCUCGAAAGGUUCGAGAAGUGUAUUGGAGAGUGUACAAUUCAAAUUAUCUGGGAGCUGCAGACGCGAUGGUACCGUUUUAUCCGAACUUGGCAGACGCUUCAGACGAUUUCAGAGAUUAUAGUCGGGAUAUGUUGUUGGCGUGGAUUUGA